UGUGCACACACCAUGUGCCAUAGAAAGAGAAAACAUGAAGAAAUUAAGUAGCUAGUCCAGCGACUUCACGAGUCACAACCAAGUCAAGCACAAACAUUUAUUGAAGGGUGACUGCUUGAGGAAAAGAUUUAGGUAAAGAUGUUUAAUUGUUGUACUAGAGCGGUUUAGUUAGCCGACACCAGUGUGCCUUUCUUUUCCUUCAAAACUUCCUUCCUUCCACUCCUUUUCUCCCUUUAUAUCUACUGCUAUUCUGUUACUUCUGUACUUCGCCAUCACUCUUUCUCACUCCCACCCCCAACAACACCAUCAUGGUACAAACAAAGAAGUUCAGAGGUGUCAGGCAGCGCCAUUGGGGUUCUUGGGUAUCCGAAAUUCGCCACCCACUUCUUAAGAGAAGGGUGUGGCUGGGGACGUUUGAAACGGCAGAAGAAGCUGCCAGAGCCUAUGAUCAAGCUGCUAUUCUUAUGAGUGGGAGAAAUGCUAAAACAAAUUUCCCAAUAACUCAAACCCCUGAAGGUGAUCCAAAGAGCAUUACCAGUGAGGACACCCCCUCCUCCACCUCCAAGGAUCUGGAAGAAAUCCUGCAUGCAAAGCUUCGAAAAUGUGGUAAGGUACCUUCACCUUCUAUGACCUGCUUGAGGCUUGACACAGAGAACUCCCACAUCGGAGUGUGGCAAAAGCGUGCUGGGAGACGUUCGGAUUCAAAUUGGGUCAUGACGGUUCAGCUGGGAAAGAAGAGUACGGACAAUGAGACUCGUCAAGCUGAUAGUAGCACUUCUCUUUCUCUACCUUCUUCCGAUAACCACCACCACCACCACCGUGAGUCUCCAUCGGGUGUGACAGGUCAUCAGCAUCAUGAAGAAGUGGUGAGAGGAGAGAUUGAUGAAGAAGAGAGAAUCGCCCUUCAGAUGAUAGAGGAACUCCUCAACGACAGAAACUGCCCUAGUCCUUCAUUCAGCAACAUUCAAGAAAGGGAUGGUGGCGAUGAUGACACCUUUUUUCUUUAAGCAUCUUUCCCCCACGGUGUUAAGGUAUCACAUGCAUGUUUGGUCUUCAUCUUCAACGAGGUUGUCAUUAUUUGGGAAAAAAAUGAAAACAAAAGUGGUAUAGUUAUAGGCUAUAUAUAACGCAUAUCAUAUCUAUCAUAAUUUAUAUCAUAUC